AGACCUCAAAGCAACAAGAGCCAUGGCGAGCUGGAUGUUGGCGGCCCUGGUGGUGUCCUGUGUGCUGGUGGGCAGCGUGACUCCUCAGAUCACCUUCUCCAGGUCGUGGGUGCCACAGGGGAAGAGGUCCUCCCCAACUGGCGACAUCCCCGAGCCUCUGGAUCCCUGCAGGGACGCAAGAGCGGCCACUCUCUCCUCCCUUGCUGGUCACCUCUUGGAUAUGAUGAACGACGUGGCGGCAGCUGACCACCGCCCCCUGCCCGACGACGGCACCACGGCACUCAGGCUCAGGAACGCCAUGAUGGACAGGCGUCGCCGCGUGGCUUAGAGGGGAACCCAAUCACUCUUGCCCCAACGCCUCGCGCACUGACUGAAGGGCGGCGGCUGGCGCAGCCCACCUGGGCCGCAACACAGCCAGCGCGGGGACGGAAAAGCUCAUCACUAUCACUAUUUUGCCACAAAAACAUGAAAGAAAGAAGAGAAACAUUGUAAAUCUAUAGAUGUGUAAUGUGCAUGUAAGGAUUAACUUGGAUAUUUGAAAAGGGUUAUGAUAAAUGCAGAGCUGUGUGUGUGUGUGUGUGUGUGUGUGUGUGUGCGUGUGUGAAAGCAUUCGCGCUCAGUUAAUCUCUUUUCCCUAAUAAGUUACAAAUAUUUUAUAUGAAUAAUUAUUUUUAUAAUUUAGGUUUUGGAAAGACGAAAAA